CAAAAUACCGGAAAAGAAAGAAUAACAUGAGGUAGCGUCGGUAAAAUACUAUUAGCAACAAGUUUAGACAUAUUACACAGAGCUACGAUCACUGCUAGAUAGUCUGGGGGAGACUUUACAUACUUUCAAUUGGAGUUUGUUAAGAUGCCAGUCCUCUGUAGCAGUUGUGCUGAGAAGCGUGCAGUGCUGAAACGUCCAAAGACGGCCCAUUCCCUGUGCAAGGAAUGCUUCUUCUGGGCCUUUGAGGAGGAGGUGCAUCAGACAAUAGUCUCAGCGCAGCUCUUCAAACAUGGAGAAACUGUGGGUAUUGGUGCCUCGGGUGGGAAGGACUCCACUGUGCUGGCACAUGUCAUGAAAGUCCUAAAUGAGCGCUAUAACUACGGCCUGAAACUACUGCUACUGUCAGUGGAUGAGGGCAUCACAGGUUACCGUGAUGACUCCUUGGAGACAGUGAAGAGGAACCAGCAGCAGUAUGAGCUGCCUCUGAAGAUUGUAUCCUAUGAGGAGCUGUAUGGUUGGACCAUGGAUGCCAUAGUGAAGCAGGUUGGACUGAAGAACAAUUGCACUUUCUGUGGAGUGUUCAGAAGGCAGGCGCUGGACAGGGGAGCCAUGAUGCUGAAGGUUGAUAAGAUAUGUACAGGUCACAACGCUGACGAUGUGGCAGAGACAGUUCUGAUGAACGUCCUCCGAGGAGACAUCGCCCGUCUGCGUCGCUGCACUGCUAUAAGCACAGCGAGCGAGGGCGAGGGGGUGGUGCCACGCUGCAAGCCCCUCAAAUAUGCUUACGAGAAGGAGAUUGUCCUCUAUGCCUACUUCAAGAAGCUGGACUACUUCUCCACAGAGUGCAUCUACUCCCCCAAUGCUUACAGAGGCCACGCCCGCACCUUCCUGAAAGACCUGGAGGCUGUGCGGCCCAGCGCCAUCAUGGACGUCAUCCACUCUGGCGAGAACCUGUCAGUGAGGGAGGGCGUGAAGAUGCCCGUUCAGGGGACCUGCGGCCGCUGUGGCUACAUCUCCAGCCAGGCGCUGUGUAAGUCCUGUGUGCUGCUGGAGGGCCUGAACCGCGGCCUGCCCAGACUAGGAAUCGGAAAGCACCACCGUCUCCACGAGAAGAUCCUCUUACAGCAGCCUCUGACCCAGGAAGAGGAGAGGAAGCUCAAGGCUGUGGACUUCUGAGAGGCCACUCCAGGCCCGGUUUCCCGACAGCGAUGGAACUUACGAGUGUAUUAACGAUGCAUCUUUCCGACAACGGCUGAAGAUGUAACAUGAGUUUCCCAAAACACCACACAGAGAGAACACUCACUAAGUGCGUCGUUGAGGCAUGUGACGAUACUGAUAGAAUCAAAAGAAAGGUAACACUGCUCUCGGAUCAGAAUUCUCCAUUCAAAUCUGACUUUAACAUUCAAAUUAUUCCACAAUACUGACAACGGAUCAGCUCUUAGAGAUAUUAUCACCUAAGGCUACAAAUAUUGAGGCGGCUUAUUCUAAUGCUCACCCUAUAAUAAUGCAUUAAAUCAGGAUUUGGCACAUCAUUAAAUAUAUGGAGGAAAAAAUUUGACAGUAGUGUACAAAUAUCAAAAUAGAAGUCAAUUAAUUGAACAUGAAAUAUAUUUCAAUAUAAUUGAAAGAGGCCUAUAGCCUACUGAAUUUCCAUUUGAAUGCAGUCAUCUCAGUUGGAAUGUGAAGCAUACGUAUACGUUGAUUGUUUGUAUCAAUUGCAAAGACAUUGGCAACUUUGUAUUUGUAGUCAACGUUGUUCUGAAGUUAUCGGUGGUUACAGAGAGAUAGAUAAACCAUGUGAUUCAAGUUUCAGCAGAGAUCCUCUAUAUAACGGGAGGGCAAAAAAGCGUUGAAUGACAAACUUAGCGGUCCUGCGAGUGGUCUGAGGCAGGCAUUAGAUUACAAGUUUUUUAAAUGCAACGUUAAUAACGAUGGUUUUGGGAAACGGCUCAGAGAAUUUAACGAUGCUCCUACGAAGGACUUAGCGGUCCUGUGAGUGGUCUGAGGCAGGCAUUAGAUUACAAGUGUUUUAAAUGCAACGUUAAUAACGAUGGUUUUGGGAAACGGCUCAGAGAUUUUAACGAUGCUCCUACGAAGGUUCUAGCUAUGAACUUAGCCUUAAGAUGCUUUUGGGAACCGGGCCCUGAGCAGUCCAGCAACUCUCCUUGAACCAUUCCUGGGUACUUUUGAUGUGUGUUUGGGGUCGUUGUCCUUCUAUAAGACCCACAACCUUUAACGGAAAGAUUUUUUGUGGACACUGGAUGAUUAUUGGACUCUAAAACACCUUGGUAAUCUGCUGAUUACAUGAUGUCUUGCACACAUUCAAGGCCCCCAGUUUCCUAGGCAGCAAAGCAAAUCCACAGCAUUUUUCGAACCUCUCCAAUUUUUUGAUUGAAGGGAGGGUGUUGUUUUCUUUGAAUGCUUUUGUCAUUGGUAAACAUAGUAAGAUAACGACUGCUGGGAGACGAGAAAGCCUGGUGGAACAUCUCCAAACAAGGCAAAAUCCUGGGGGAAAUGUUGUGGUGUUUUUACUGACAACCAAAUCAAGCAUUCAAUGAAAAGAACUCUCUACAAUCAAAGGUGAGUGACGUCUGAUGAUUCUGUGGGGUUUCUUUGCUGCCUCAGGUACUGGGGGCCUUGAACGUGCAGGCAUCAUAAAAUCUGCAGAUUAUCAAGUGUUUUGGAGUCCAAUGUACAACCCAGCAUCCAAAAGCUGUCUCUGCAUUGAAGGUUGUGGGUCUUCCAGCAGGGCAAUGACCCCAAACACACAACAAAAAGCACCCAGAAAUGGUUGAAGAAAAGAUGCUGGACUGUUCUGGAGUGGCCAGCGAAAGUCCAGAUCUGAAAUAGGGAAUCAUUUAAGAAAAGUCCAAGGAUGCCAAUGUAUAUUUGGCUGCAACUGUAAAUGAUCUGUAUAGACAGUAUAUGAAUAGAAAGGUGUGUACAGCAGUAGUUGUAUAUGAUGAGCCAUGACUAGAAUACAUUAUGUAAACAUUAUUAAAGUGACCAGUGUUCAGUGACUAUGUGCAUAGGGCUGCAGUCUUUAACGUGGUAGCUGGCUAGAGGUAGCCGGCUAGUGACAGUGUCUAACGUUCAGGGCAGGGUAACGGGCUGAUGGCCUGGAGAUAGAAGCUGUUUUUCAGUCUCUCGGUCCCAGCUUUGAUGCACCUGUACUGUCUCCACGUUCUAGAGCACGUGUCGAGCUCAUUCUAUGGUGGGCAGAGUGUCUGCGGGUUUUUGAUCCUCCCUUGUGCUUUAUUGAUGAAUUAAGGUCACUAAUUAGUAAGGAACUCCCUUCGCCUGGUUGUCUAGGUCUUGAUUGAAACUUAACCUGCAGACGCUCUGUCCUCUGUGGAAUGAGUUUGAGACUGCUGUUCUAGGGGGUAGUGGUUGAGCAGGGUCUAAAUGGUGAAGUGAGAAUGAUAAAUGAUGUCUUUCUUGCAAUUUCUGGAAUCCAAAUGCAAUUUACAUUCAGCUAUGUGGUCAGUGCAUUAUGAAACUUCUGUCAGCUGAUGAUUGAAAUACAAGUGCAUUUUGUAUGGUAACUGUAUAUUAAAGCUAUUCAACUUUU